CUUCAAGGGAAGCAUCUCUUGUAUGCAGGUAUACGGUCGUGCUUUAACUCGUCGAGAUAUCUUGAGCAAGAAGAGGCGUUGCUUUAGAAGAGGUCCAAAGCCGCCUCCACCUACUCCAGUUGGCCCAGUAUGUCGAGCUCAAAUUGACCUAGCAUUCUUGAUCGAUGGAUCUGGCAGCAUUGAGCAUUACGGAAAAGGAAACUUCAGACGUUGUCUUAACUUCGUGAAGAACAUGGUGCGAGCCUUCCACAUUUCUCCAARACAUGUCCGUAUUUCAGCCACCAUAUUUUCAAGCAGAGCACGUCGUCUAUUCACCUUUGGACAGUUCCGCACUAAAAMACAAGUGUUAAGAGCUAUUAACCGUAUUCGAUAUCCACGAGGUGGCACGAAACUCGGCCGUGCUCUGAAUUAUAUCAGAAGAUAUGUGUUUGCUAAAAAUAGACGAAGAAAGGUACUGAUUGUAAUGACGGAUGGCAAGUCUUACGACAGAGUUGGUGGUCCUGCAGCCGCACUAAAGAGAAUGGGCGUGAUUAUUACUUGCUUUGGAAUCGGGCGUAAAUACAACAUGAGACAGCUUCUUCGAAUUGCAUCGUCUCGUCGACACAUAUUCACAGCAUCGUUCCGCACAAUGAAUAGAGUUGUACGUAGCAUUAAACGAAAGGCCUGUCAAGGCGUGAAGCCACCUGGGCCACAACCUGGGCCGAAGAGAG